UAACAAAUAUGUUUUAUAUAUAGAGUAUAUUCUAGUCAAUAUAAGUAAUUUACACUAUUUAGUCAGUAUAAUAAUAUAAGGUGGCUUCUCUGUUAAUGUUUUAUAAUUCCAAUAGAACAACUAUUGAAAAUGUGGAUGCAUUAUGCUAGUCAAAAUUGGACCGAUGCUGAGGACCUCCAGUCAGCCGUAAAGAGAUUGAUGAACGAGCUAGAUUGUGUGGCAAUAGAUUGUCUUCACGCAUCUAAUUAUGACAUGAAUUACUGCUUCUCUGAAGAAAAAAUUAAACAGUUGGAGGAGGAUUAUGAAAAACAUCGCCGUGGUGCAUCAUUAUGUAGUAAUUAUUUAAGUGAAAAUAUAAAUUUGGAUAAUUUUUGUGUGAAAAUGGUGGAGAUAGGACUAAAACAAUUUGUUAUUUCUAAUUUGUUGGAUUAUCUACCAUAUGCAACUGUUGUAAAAUACAAAUUAGCAGCUCAAGAAAAUAAUGCUGGUAAUGAAGAUGAUAUAUAACAUAUCAUUAAAUUUUUAUGUAAUUUAUAUAUUAUCUUAAAAUUGUAUAAU